CUCCUCCCCUCCUGCUGCUGCUGCUGAUGGGGAGAAACUUCUUCAAACUUCUGUCGAGUCUCCUCUGCGGCGCUGAAGAUGAACUCGUCUGCUCUGGUCGCGGUGGUGGUUCUGGUGGGGUCCGUGUGCGCGGCUCGGUCACCAUACCAGGCCGUGCUGCAGCACAGCCGGAUCCGAGGACGAGCUCAAGGGCCCAAUGUUUGUGCGAUGCAGCAGAUCAGAGGAACUGACAGGAAGUAUUUCACCAACUGUAAGCAGUGGUACCAUCGUAAGAUCUGCAGCCAGCCCACUGUGAUCACGUACGAGUGCUGUCCCGGUUACGAGAGGAUUCCUGGGGAGAAGGGCUGCCCUGCAGCGCUCCCUCUUGUCAACAUCUUCAGCACUUUGUCGGCCAUCGGCGCAACAACAACACAGAUGUACACCGAGCGAGCAAAGCUGAGGGAGGAGAUUGAAGGACCGGGGAGCUUCACAUUCUUUGCUCCCAGUAACGAGGCCUGGGCCGCCCUGCCCAUGGAAAUCUUGGAUGCUUUGGUCAGCAACGUGAACAUUGAGCUCCUGAAUGCGCUCCACUACCACAUGGUGAACCGCCGACUGACGUCCGAGGAGCUCAAACACGGCGCCACUUUCACCUCCAUGUACCAAGACCUGGACGUGCACGUGCACCACUACUCUAAUGGGAUUGUCACAGUAAACUGUGCUCGUCUCAUCAAACCUGACCAACACGCCACCAAUGGUAUUGUGCACCUGGUGGACCGAGUCAUUACUGCUGUCUCCAACGAUGUGCACAGCAUCAUCGACACUGACGACGACCUGGAGACCCUGCGUACGGCUAUUGCAGCGGCCGGGCUGAACUCCGUUCUGGAAGGUCCUGGGCCGUUGACUGUCUUUGCACCGACCAACGAAGCCUUCGAGAAGAUGCCUCAGGAGACGCUGACCAGGAUCCUGGGCGAUCCUGUGGCACUGAAAGACCUGCUCAACUACCACAUGCUGAAGCAGAUGCACUGUGCUGAGUCCAUUGUGUCAAGCACGGCGCUGGAGACUUUACAGGGGUCGGUGCUGGAGGUCGGCUGUGACAGUGAUAAGCUGACGCUCAACGGACACAGCAUUGUCACCACGAAGGACCAUCUGGGAACCAACGGAGUGGUCCACUACAUCAACCAGCUGCUCAUUCCAGACUCAGCAAAGACUCUCCUUGAGCUGGCCGAAGGUUCCUCUGUGUCCACUGCCACCAGGAUGUUUGUAGAGGCCGGACUCAGCCCUCACCUGAAGGGGUCUGAGGCAAUAACCAUGCUGGCACCGCUUGAUGAAGCUUUUAAAGGAAGUGUAGUGACGACAUCAGACAUGGUGGCUGUGAUGAAGAACCACCUGUUGAAGCAACAGCUCUCUUCCAAGUCGCUGUACCACCUGCAGGAACUGGAGUCCCUCGAUGGUGUCAAGCUCCGAGUCUUUGUCUACAGAAAUAACUUGUGCAUUGAGAACGCGUGCAUCGCGGCUCAUGACAAAGUGGGUCGCUACGGCACCAUGUUCACUGUGGACAAAGUCCUGACGCCACCGAUGGGGACCAUCAUGGACGUUGUGAAGUCAGACGACCGCUUCAGUCUGCUAGUAGGAGCGAUCCAAACUGCAGGAAUGACGGAGCUACUCAACCAGGAGGGGGUGCUGACCUUCUUUGCCCCUACAAAUGAUGCUUUCAGUGCUCUGCCUCCAGAAGAACUCAGCAAACUGAUGGGUAACCAGCAAGAGCUGUCCGCAGUGCUCAGGUAUCACCUGGGGGAGGGGCUCUUGGUGAGUGGGGGUGUGAGCUCUCACACCAGGGUCAAACCUUUGCAGGGGGAGAAGUUGGAGCUGGGGGUGAGAAACUACACCGUCCACGUGAACAGGAUUCCGGUGGUGGAUGCUGAUCUGAUGGCGACAAAUGGAGUCGUUCACGCCGUCAACAAAAUCGUCAAGCCUGUCUUUGUGAAGGACCGAGAACAAUCAGACGGACCGGCCGGUGCUGCCAGCAGACUGGACUCCAGAAGCUUCCGUGACGAAAAUCUUUUUAACAAAGUUCUCAACAGCCGCUCGAGCCGGAACAUGAACACCAGUCAGUGAAGCUGCGGAGGCGGCACGUUGGACUCUGCAUGUGCUAAAACUAUUUCUGAAACACAUCGCGCGACGUCAGUCUCCGAGCCAACUAGCAGUCUGUUAAUCUAGCUGUCAAGAGGUAGCGACUACAGGCUUUGGAUGGGACCAUGUACCUUCAUUGGUUGUUACUUACUGUCAAUUGUUUCGCCACUUGUUCCAAGGAAUGACGUGAUUGAGAUAAAAACCAAACAAAAAAUUGUGUUUACUUGUUAUCAAAUAUCAAUAAAAUGACCAAGCGGACGCAGCAGAAGAGACGUGCUGCUCCUUCCGGUCACCUUUGCUGCUGUUUUCUUCAGUUGAAA